UGCAAAUACACGGAUUUUGACAGCAAAGUGUAGUGAAAGUGAAGAAACCAUUGCAUUUAUUACCAACAUUUCUCAUUCCCUGUACUUUGUUGUAUGCCAACAAUAUGACAAACCUCUCUGUUUUUACUCCUCUGUUUCUCUCUCUGUUUCUUUCUGUGCUAUAAGCAGAGAGAAGAUACCUGAUACCUCCUUACUUUGCAAUUCUGACAGAGUUGUGGGGUUCAAGAUUAAGAAGUUACUCCAAUUAUGGGUGGUGAAUAUUGGAAUCUUUGUUGUUCAUGGAGGGGUACUUCAAGUUCAAGUUCAGGGUCAUUUUCAUCCAUGAAGCUCUUGCUUUUCAUGGUGCCUCUUGUAUUUGUUGCUGGGCUAAUUUGUGUUAAGGGUCCUAACCCCUCAAGUUGGGUUCAUACAAGGAAACCACCUCUCUUGUUAAACUCUGUUACUCCCUCUGCUUCAAACAGUGGUGGUGGUGGUGUGAGCACUAUGGAAUUGGAGGUCCCACCUGUGAAACAGAAAGAAGGGUUAGUGAUGGAAGCAGCUGUGGAUCUUCAAGGGAAAGAGGAGAAAGCUAUCCCUGAUGACAACACUGCCUUGAAUCAGUCCUUUACUUCCACACUUUCAGUUCAGGACAUAGCAGUAACACCUCCUGAUCAACCUUCUUUCAAAGAUGAAGAAGGUCUCAAUGUCUCCCAAAAUUGGCCCAAUAUAGACCCUGUGAAUGAACCUUAUGUUCCAUCAGGGAAACAAAAGCAGAAGAGAAAGUACAGCAUCUUAGAUAGAACCGAAGUUGGCUUACUACAAGCUAGAGCUGCAAUAAGAGAAGCAAGAAAUGGGAACCAAACACAAGAUGUGGACUAUGUUCCUGUUGGACCAAUGUAUCAUAAAGCUAAUGCAUUUCACAGGAGUUACUUAGAAAUGGAGAAACAGUUCAAGGUAUAUGUCUACGAGGAAGGGGAGCCUCCAUUUUUUCACAAUGGACCUUGCAGGGGUGUAUAUUCAUCAGAGGGAAAUUUUAUCCAUGCUAUGGAGAUGAAUGAACAUUUCAGAACAAGAGAUCCUGAGAAAGCACAUAUAUUUUUCCUUCCUUUUAGUGUAACAAAUAUGAUCCGAUAUGUCUAUGUACCUGUCUCUCAUGAUCGUAGCCCCAUACAAAAAAUUGUGAAAGACUAUGUCAAUGUCAUUGCUCUAAGACACCCCUUUUGGAAUAGAAGCCUAGGAGCUGAUCAUUUCAUGCUUUCUUGCCAUGAUUGGGGUCCAAUGGCUUCAAAGGCUGUUCCUAACUUGUACAAGAAAUCGGUCCGCGUUCUAUGCAAUGCUAACACAUCUGAAGGAUUCAAGCCUGGAACAGAUGUUUCUUUUCCAGAAAUGAAUCUUCGAACCGGUUCAAUCGCUGGUUUGGUAGGUGGGCCAUCUGCAUCUAAGCGUUCAGUUUUGGCUUUCUUUGCUGGGAGGCUUCAUGGGCCUAUUAGGCCACCUCUUCUUGAUCAUUGGGAAAACAAAGAUGAUGAUAUCCAGGUUUACAGGUCCCUUCCAAAGGGUGUAACCUACUAUGACAUGCUGAGGAAGAGCAAGUUCUGCCUUUGCCCAAGUGGGUAUGAGGUUGCAAGCCCCAGGGUGGUGGAGGCUAUAUACACAGGUUGUGUCCCAGUGCUCAUGUCAGAUUCUUAUGUUCCACCAUUCAGUGAUGUGUUGAAUUGGAAAUCAUUCUCCCUUGAGGUUUCAGUGAAAGACAUUCCUAGAUUGAAGGAAAUUCUGUUGAGUGUUACUCCAAGACAGUAUAUAAGAAUGCAGAGAAGAGUGAGACAGAUUAGGAGACACUUUGAGUUAAAUUUUCCUCCCAAGCGAUUUGAUGUGUUUCAUAUGAUCCUUCAUUCUGUGUGGCUAAGGAGAUUGAACUUCAGAGUCCAUGAUGAUGAAUAACAUGUAUUAUGACUACUAUUGACUUAAAAUAAGUUUGUUCAACUUAAUAAGAGAGUGAUCUCUUAUAAAGAGAGACUUUUCCUUCCUUAA